AAGAUGGCGGACUCCUCGGUUGAGAUCAUCGAAGGCUGCCGGCUUCCUGUGCUGCGAAACCAAGAAAAUGAAGACGAGUGGCCGUUGGCUGAAAUUCUCAGUGUCAAAGACAUUCCUGGGAGAAAGCUUUAUUAUGUUCACUAUAUUGACUUCAAUAAGCGGCUGGAUGAAUGGGUGACUCCAGACCGCCUGGACUUGAAGAAGCUCCAGUUUCCCAAGAAGGAGGCGAAGACCCCGACGAAGAACGGCCUGCCGGGGUCCCGUCCCAGCUCCCCGGAGAGAGACGUGAGGAAGAGUCUAGAUCUCAACGUUCAGUCCGCUUCAGCUCCUUCAAGAGGCAAAACCCUCCCCACACCGAAGAGAAAAGCAGAGUCUGUGUCUUUGGCCACACAAGUGACCGCAGCCACUCCAGUGCCUUCGCUUCCAAGUUCUGCAGAGGCAAGUCAGGCGUCCGUCUUUCCGGCCCUGAGGGACUCCACCUUCAGCAUUAAAUCCAGAGAAGAACAUGAGCAGCUCACCUCUCUCACCACAAAUGGCACAACACGUCGUCUUAUUCCUUCUCAGCCUGGGAGAAAACGGAAAAAUUGUGGAGGGACGGACGAGAUGGUAAAGGUGUUCCAGAAUAACAACCCUCGCUGCUCCACCAUCUAUUUGCCGCCAGGAGAGGAUUCCCAGGACAGUUCUGACGGCAUCCCGUCCGCCCCUCGCAUGACCGGCAGUUUGGUGUCGGACCGCAGUCACGACGACAUCGUCACGCGAAUGAAGAACAUCGACUGCAUUGAGCUGGGCCGGCACAGGCUAAAGCCGUGGUACUUCUCUCCGUACCCGCAGGAGCUCACCACGCUCCCCAUCCUCUACCUGUGUGAAUUCUGUCUCAAGUACCUCAAGAGCCUCAAGUGUCUACAGAGGCACCUGACAAAAUGCAACCUUCGACACCCGCCAGGAAAUGAGAUCUAUCGUAAAGGAACUAUAUCCUUUUUUGAAAUUGACGGCAGGAAAAACAAGACAUAUUCCCAAAAUUUGUGUUUAUUGGCCAAAUGCUUCCUGGACCACAAGACCCUGUACUAUGACACAGAUCCAUUCCUCUUCUAUGUUAUGACAGAGUACGACUCAAAGGGUUUCCAUAUAGUCGGCUACUUCUCCAAGGAAAAGGAAUCAACAGAAGACUAUAACGUGGCCUGCAUUCUGACUUUACCACCUUACCAGAGAAGAGGCUACGGCAAACUACUAAUUGAGUUCAGUUAUGAGCUCUCGAAAGUGGAAGGAAAGACGGGGACUCCAGAGAAGCCUCUGUCUGAUCUGGGUCUGCUCUCCUACCGCUCGUACUGGUCUCAGACGAUUCUGGAGAUCCUCAUGAACCUCAAAUCAGAGAAUGGAGAACGGCCACAGAUCACCAUCAAUGAAAUCAGUGAGAUCACCAGUGUCAAGAAAGAGGAUGUGAUAUCAACUCUUCAGUACCUUAACCUCAUCAAUUAUUAUAAGGGUCAGUACAUCCUCACCUUAUCAGAGGACAUAGUGGACGGUCACGAGCGGGCCAUGCAGAAGCGGCACCUCCGUAUCGACCCCAAAUGUUUGCAUUUCACUCCUAAAGACUGGAGCAAGAGGGGCAAGUGGUGACGACCGUAAGAGGACCGACCGCUGGCGCCCAGCUAACACGCCACGUCCCGUUCACAAACGGACUCGACCGGAGCAUGAGCCUGUGAAAGAGGACUAAAACAGUGUCAUGUUGUUAAAGACUCCACAGUCCACAUCUGCAUGUUAUGUGACUUAAUUGUGAAAUUCAUGUCAGUCUGUUACUCGUCUGUAUGUGAGAAUGAAGGAAUGUCUAUUUCAAUGCAAACGUCUGUCCCACCGUUUCACUACAUCCCCUAAUUAUGUUUACAGUUAUGUUUUCAGUGCUAUGUUUUAUUACUUUGACCAAAAACGGCAGCAUUCGAUUGCAACAUGAUUAUCAGCCACUGUCCUUUUGGUUUUUUUAGUGCGGGACAGACAUUAUUGGCUACAGGCUAUGUAUAAUUUGGUGCAUAUAGCUCUUUAUUAUAUAUAGACAACUAUAGAUUGUUGUAUUAUACAUUUGAUCUACAGCAUUCUUUGUAAAUGCACUUUUCCCUCCAGAUUUCCAUGUUGUUUUCAGUAACAUCUGUUAAUGGUGGAAACGCCCACUGGUGACCCACAGUAACGCUGAUGGAUGUCGUUCCAUGUUGUUGAUCUCAAAUCAGUUUCAAUUCUUUCCCAUAAAAAUAAACAUUCUGGAGAGAAAAGGUGAUAUAAAAAUGGGAUCAGUGCAUAAAAAGUAGAAAAGAUAUGAAGGUAAAACAAUUCAUGGCCUUUGCCAUUGCAGCUAUCGGUUUGUGACCAAAACAACUGAUCCAUUACAGAUGAACAAAUGUGCGUUUGUAAGCAGCCUUAUUUAAUACAAAAAGUUUAUUUUUAACAGCUACAUAUGCUGACUCUUAAGUUCUCCGUCUCGUUGACACAGGGAAUCUGCUGCUCAUUUGCAUAAAGUUACACUUUCCUCAACUUUGCUGCACAGCUGGACACGCCCACAUCCUGUCGCUCUCUGAAAAUGAAGAGGAUGGUGUCAGCUUGUCCCUGUAUGUGUCUGCUGGUGUGAAUGGGGCUGAAUGGGUCUUUACAAUGUAUUGUGUUGUACAGAACAUACUACAAAUAAAUGUCUUUUCUACACUGGUA